UGAAGAACGGACAGGAUAUAUAUGGUCUUUUAUAUGAACAAAUGAGUUUAUCGCCUCAACUUUUUGGAAACGCGGGGUAUUCUUCUUGGACUUUGUGAAUGUGGCCAUGAACGCGGCCGAACAGACGGUAACAUGGCUCAUAACACUUGGUGUCCUGGAGUCACCAAAGAAGACCAUAUCGGAUCCUGAAGGGUUUCUACAGUCUUCUCUCAAAGAUGGGGUGGUCCUGUGUAAGCUAUUGGAGCGGCUGCGCCCGGGCUCAGUUGAUACAAUAUACCGGGAGCCAAGGAACGACGGCGAGUGCCUGAGUAAUAUCAGGGAGUUCCUCAGGGGCUGUGGCUCGUAUCGCGUAGAGGUCUUUGAGGCCAAUGAUUUGUUCCAGGGACACAAUUUCAGCAAGGUGCUGAAUUGCUUGGUUACGCUGAACAAAGCGACCGCAGAUAUAGGAGUAGGAGGUGAUUCUGUAUGUGUUCGUCACUCCUCUUCUCACCGGAUCAAGUCCUUUGACUCCAUCAGCACCCAAGCCUCCCACGGCCGGUCUUCCAGACUACUGCAGAACCAGUACCGCAGUCUGGUGAGUUUCAGAACCUGUUCUAUCACCGACAUGACGGAGAGCAGUAGCCACCAGGCGGUGGUGAAGGCGCGCUUUAACUUCCAGCAGACCAAUGAGGACGAGUUGUCCUUUAAUAAGGGUGACAUCAUCCACGUCACCCGCCAGGAGGAAGGCGGCUGGUGGGAAGGCACGCUAAAUGGCAAGACUGGAUGGUUUCCUAGCAACUACGUGCGAGAGGUCAAAGGUAGUGACAAACCAGUGUCUCCCAAGACCGGCACGCUGAAAAGCCCACCCAAAGGAUUCGAUACCAGUUCCAUCAGCAAAACCUACUACAACUUGGUGGUGCAGAAUAUUCUCCAGACGGAAACGGAAUAUUCCAAAGAGCUGCAGUGUCUGUUGUCCACAUAUCUGCGUCCGUUACAGAGUUCGGAGAAGUUGAGUAGUUCAGAUAUCAGUCAUAUUCUUGGCAAUCUGGAGGAGAUCAGCACUUUUCAGCAGAUGUUGGUUCAGUCUCUGGAAGAAUGCACCAAACUUCAGGAAAGCCAACAGAGGAUAGGAGGUUUUUUCCUCAACUUGAUACCCCAGAUGAAGGGACUGUACGUGGCCUACUGUGCCAACCACCCAUCUGCUGUUAACGUCCUCACUCAGCACAGUGAGGAACUGGGAGAGUUUAUGGAGAGCAAAGGAGCUAGCAGCCCAGGCAUCCUCACACUGACCACUGGCCUCAGCAAACCCUUUGUCAGACUGGACAAGUACCCCACUCUCCUAAAAGAGCUGGAGAGACAUAUGGAGGACUUCCACCCCGACCGACCAGACAUCCAGAAGAGCAUGGCUGCUUUCAAAAACCUCUCGGUACAGUGUCAGGAGGUGCGGAAACGGAAGGAGCUGGAGCUGCAGAUUCUGACGGAGGUGAUCCGCUGUUGGGAAGGGGAGGACAUUAAGACCCUUGGCUCCGUCCUCUUCAUGUCCCAAGUCAUCAUCCAGAACUCAGGCAGUGAGGAGAAGACUGAACGCUAUCUUCUGCUCUUUCCUCACGUGUUACUCAUGUUAUCUGCUAGUCCUCGUAUGAGCGGUUUCAUCUACCAGGGGAAGCUCCCUUUAACAGGAAUGAAUAUCACCAAAUUAGAGGACUCUGAAACAACUAGAAAUACUUUUGAAAUAUCCGGGAGUAUGAUUGACAGAAUCCAGGUAGUAUGUAAUAAUCAGCAGGACUUACAGGACUGGGUGGAGCAUUUGCAUCGUCAGACUAAACACACGUCACUGAACACACCUAACGUUAAACCCCAGUCUGUGCCCUGCCAUACGCUUCCCUCCCACCCCGUCACCCCGUCCAGACACUCGGAGAGCAGGAGCACGGUGGGGUCUCCCGCCUACCACACGCUCCCUCACCACUCCUCCCACGGCACUCCUCACAGCACCAUGAUGUGGGGUCCUCUGGAACCGCCCAAAACACAGAAACCCUGGAGCCUGAGCUGUCUCCGCCCCGCCCCUCCCCUCAGGCCCUCGGCUGCUCUCUGUUACAAAGAGGAUCUCAGCAAAAGCCCUAAGAGUAUGAAAAAGCUGCUGCCAAAACGCAAACCUGAACGGAAACCCUCUGAGGAAGAGUUUGCAAUACGUAAGAGUACGGCAGCCCUUGAGGAGGACGCACAGAUCCUAAAAGUGAUUGAGGCGUACUGCACGAGUGCCAAAACACGACAAACUCUCAACUCCACAUGGCAGGGCACUGAUCUGAUGCAUAAUCACGUGCUGGUUGAUGUUGACCAAUCCUGCGUGGAGGCCGUGGUUUGCCGCACCGGUGUGUCACGCCCAGAACACUCGUCUGACCAAUCAGAAGAUUCGGACUAUGACAGUAUAUGGACUGCCCAUAGUUACAGAAUGGGUCCCGCCUCCCGGUCUAGGAAAGAAUCAGGACCUCACAUGCUGUUUCCAGAGGAGGAGAAGAUUAUCGUAGAAGAGACCAAGAGCAAUGGCCAGACUGUGAUUGAAGAGAGGAGCCUGGUGGAUACGGUUUAUGCUUUGAGGGAUGAAGUACAAGAACUGAAACAAGACAACAAAAGGAUGAAGAGAACUCUGGAAGAGGAGCAGAAGGCACGGAAAGAACUAGAAAAGAUUGUGCGGAAAGUGUUGAAGAAUAUGAACGACCCUACCUGGGACGAGACCAAUUUGUAAUUAAAUGGAUGUCAGUUAGCCUCUCUCUCUGUCUCUCUCUCUCUGUCUGUCUGUUGUAUGAUCAUGGCUGGCAGUUUGAGUGGGGACAUCAAACUGCAAAGGAGAGCUCUGAACCUGCUGUUGACACCAUACUGUAGUGUUGAAUUUUCAUCAGCAAAACUGACAUGGACUCUUGACCAAACAUCUGAGAUAUGACUGAAUCAUAUGUGAGGAGAAUUGACCAGAGAAAAACAGAUCACCACUGAAUCACUGAACCAAGAUUUAUU